GCUCAGCUAGUCCAGAAGACGAACUUAAGCUUGCGUUCUUUCUCAGUAGCCGCCGAUCAAUCAACCAAACCUUCCACCCUUCCCCCACCACUAAAUGAAUUCCAAGCAGAUUUUUUUUUCCGCGCGUGCGUGUUUGAGACGCUGAGCCCUUAGCUCUGUGUGACCGUGAGUGUGUGUAUGUGAGCGCGAGAAAGUGCUUGCCUGCGACCGGAACGCAGAGGAUAACCGUGAGAGUGAAGACGACAGCAAACGAGAGAGGCGCACCGAGCAACCCCCGAUUGUCAUCAAUGGUGGGAUCGUAUGUUGCAGCUUCGGACCCAAUAACUUUCUAAUUUCGCACGAGGAUAAUUUUCUGUAUGAUCCGGGAUAUUUACACAGUAUGGUCCGGGAAACCAGGCACCUUUGGGUUGGGAAUUUACCCGAAAACGUGCGCGAGGAGAAAAUUAUUGAACAUUUCAAACGGUAUGGACGGGUUGAAAGUGUCAAAAUUCUGCCCAAAAGGGGCUCUGAAGGUGGAGUGGCAGCCUUUGUGGAUUUUGUGGACAUUAAAAGUGCACAGAAGGCACACAACUCUUCUAAUAAAAUGGGCGACAGAGACCUACGGACGGAUUACAAUGAACCGGGUACUAUUCCGAGUGCAGCUCGGGGAUUGGAUGAUACAGUUUCCAUAGGAUCUCGUAGUAGAGAAGUUUCUGGGUUCAGAGGAAGUGGUGGGGGGCCAGCAUAUGGUCCCCCGUCAUCAAUUCAUGGACGGGAAGGACGCUAUGAGAGGAGACUUGAUGGGGCUUCUGAUACCAGGGAGCGUGCAUAUGAACAUAGUGCCUAUGGACACCAUGAACGGGGAACGGGAGGAUUUGAAAGGACAAGACAUUAUGAACAGGAUUAUUAUAGGGACCCACGUGAAAGAACUUUACAACAUGGACUGUAUUAUGGUUCACGGAGUAGGAGCCCAAGUCGUUUUGAUGAUCCACGUUAUGAAACUAGGACUCGGGAGCAGUUUACUUUACCCAGUGUGGUACACCGGGAUAUCUACAGGGAUGAUGUUACACGGGAGGCACGUGGGAGGAGACAGGACAGGAAUUAUCAGCACAGCCGAAGUCGAUCACCUCAUUCAUCCCAUUCUAGGAAUCAGUCACCUCAGCGAUUGGCUAGCCAAGCCUCAAGACCCCCAAGGUCACCUAGUGGGAGUGGUUCUCGGAGCAGGUCAUCCAGUAGUGAUUCGGUCAGCAGCAGCAGUAGCUCAAGUAGUGAUAGCAGCGAUUCCAGCAGUAGUUCAAGUGAUGAAUCUCCAGCAAGGUCAGUCCAGUCAACUGCAGUUCCUGCACCACCUGCUCAGCCUCCACCAGCCUUAGAUAAGGAUGAGCCACGCAAGAGCUUUGGGAUCAAGGUGCAAAACUUGCCAGUCCGGUCAACAGAUACAAGCUUAAAGGAUGGGCUUUUUCACGAAUUUAAAAAAUAUGGGAAGGUAACAUCAGUGCAGAUUCAUGGUGCUUCUGAAGAGCGUUAUGGGCUGGUUUUCUUUCGACAACAAGAAGACCAGGAGAAGGCACUUAAUGCCUCUAAAGGAAAGCUGUUCUUUGGCAUGCAGAUUGAAGUCACUGCAUGGACAGGGCCAGAAACAGAAAGUGAAAAUGAAUUCCGACCACUCGAUGAAAAGAUUGAUGAAUUCCAUCCUAAGGCUACAAGAACACUUUUUAUUGGUAAUUUGGAAAAGACCACAACAUAUACCGACCUUCAGAACAUAUUUCAGCGUUUUGGGGAAAUUGUGGAUAUUGACAUUAAGAAGGUGAAUGGAGUUCCUCAGUAUGCGUUUCUGCAGUACUGUGACAUUGCCAGUGUCUGCAAAGCCAUCAAGAAAAUGGAUGGGGAAUAUCUUGGGAAUAAUCGACUCAAGCUGGGUUUUGGAAAGAGCAUGCCGACAAACUGCGUUUGGUUGGAUGGCCUGUCAGCAAGUAUAACAGAACAGUAUCUCACAAGGCACUUUUGUCGAUAUGGGCCAGUAGUGAAGGUUGUGUUUGACCGGUUAAAAGGAAUGGCACUGGUCUUGUACAAUGAAAUUGAAUAUGCACAGGUUGCUGUAAAAGAGACCAAAGGGAGGAAAAUCGGUGGGAAUAAAAUCAAAGUUGAUUUUGCAAACCGAGAAAGUCAACUGGCAUUUUAUAAUUCCAUGGAGACAUCUGGGCAAGACAUCAGAGAUUUUUUUGAAAUACUUACUGAAAGAAGAGAAGAAAGGAGAGGACCAUAUCAUGAAUAUACUGCUGAUCGCACUUAUUUUGAAGCUGUGAGAGCACCUGGAACUUACCCAGAUGAUCCCCGAAGAGAGUAUCCAACACGUAGUAGAGAAUUUUACCCUGAGUGGGAUCCUUAUCAAGGUGAUUUUUAUGAUCCUCGAUAUUACGAAGAUCCACGGGAAUACAGAGAAUUCAGAGACCCCUAUGAACAAGAUAUAAGGGAAUACAGCUACAGACAGCGAGAGCGUGAGCGGGAACGAGAGCGUUUUGAAACAGAUAGAGACCGAGAUCAUGAAAGAAGAACAGUUGAACGCAGUCAAAGCCCUGCCCACUCCCGACGGACACAAAGUCCUAGUGGUUCACCUGCAAGGUCAGAAAGAUUACAGAGUGACUCGGAGCGAAGAAUCUAUAGUAGGUCUUCAGAUCGCAGUGGAAGUUGCAGCUCGGUGUCACCACCAAGGUAUGAAAAGAGUGAUAAGUCAAGAGCAGAUCGUUACAGUAAAAAUGAUAAACUAGAUAAAGACCGGAUAUUUGAUGCAGACAGAACUGACAAAGAUAAGCGUCUGAAGAAAGAUAAGGUGGACAAGGAGAAAGUUGAUAAGGUGAAAGCCAGAAAGUCAAAAGCUCCCUCUACAAGUUCUCCAUCUUCUGAAACAGAACAGGAACAUGAUAAAGAACAAAGCCCUGAGGUACUUAAGGGGAAGAGCAAACAGCUAAGUAAAGAGAAGGAUAAAGAGGGAAUUUCUAAGAACAGACUAGACCUAAUGCCAUGUAUUAUACUGACCAGAGUCAGGGAAGGAAAAGCUGUUGAUCCUGGCCUGGAUAAGAGACUUAAGACUGAAGGUGACAUUGUCAAAUCUGUUCCUGUGGAGCAAAAAACACAGUCAUCUAGAACAGAUGUAAAUAAAUCUGAUCUUCUUAAACAGGAAGCAACACGUCUAAAAGUGCCCAAAGAUAAGGUUCUUGCUAGUCAUGUUGAAAUAGUUGACAGAGAAGCAAAACUAAAACCAAAGAAACAUUUUAAGCAAGAACAGAAUUCUGAUGGGGCUAAUGCUAUAGACUUGGAUAAGUUGGAGGCACGAAAAAGGCGUUUUGCUGAUGUAAAUUUAAGGACUGACAGACAAAAAGUUGAAGUUAAGAGAAGCAGUCAGGACGAUGAGGAAGUACGACUUUGCUUAAAAAGGCAACAUGAAACACCUUCUGCCCGGGAAGUUACUCUUAUUAAAGAAGAGCUGGAAAGAAAGCCAUUGCGUAAAGAAAUACUUAAGCGAGAGUACAAAAAAAUGAAACAAGAAAGGCUGGUUACUGUUACCAGCCCAAAAGAUGGUCAUGAAGCUAUUGGCCUUUCAGUUGGUAUUGGGUUACGACUUAAUUCUGAUCUGCAUGGCAGAGUAGGUGAACCAUCUGAUGAACCUUUAGACUUUCAAGAUAUUUCUUCAAAAAUAAGUGUAAUAAAACCACAACCAAGGAGUAAUUUUCAACUAUCAGAAGAGCAUGGAUCAGAUAGGGACCCUAUAAAAGAUGAGUGUAGAAAGAACUCCAUGAGUGUCCUUGAGGAGAUGGUUGAUUAUAAGUAUCCACAAGAAAAAUUCCAGCCAUUUGAUAUAGAAGAAAAACUUGGCAUUGACAUUGAUCACACACAAAGCUACAGGAAGCAAAUGGAGCUAAGCCGUAGACUAAAGCAACAGCAGGAAAUGGAAACCGUAAAAUCUGAGAAAUUUGGCAGCCCUAAAAAAGAAAUAGAGGAAUAUGAGAAGCGCAGUCUCGUACAUGAGGUGGGAAAACCACCACAAGAUGUAACAGAUGACUCUCCUCCGAGCAAAAGAAAGAAGUUUGAUGUGUUUGAUUUUGAAGUAAGUACUAAAAGAGAAAGAAACUAUAGAAGCUCUCGACAGGUCAGUGAGGAUUUUGAAAAGAAUAUAUCCUCACCAGGAUUCAGACUGAAUUAUCAUGAUCCUCCUCUUGUUUCUGAUGAUAAUGCAUCUGACUCUCCUAGGCUUAUGGCUUUGAGAGACACCAAAGAGUCACCUAAACUUGAAGAAAGAGGAGUUUCUUGUUCAGGUAUGAUUGCCCGAGAAGAUUCUUUCAAGUUUAAUAUUUAUGAGUCAGGAAGAAGAGAACAAAUGGCAGACUUCGGAAAGAUGAAACUUUCCAGUUUGAGUUCUGAAGAUGAGACCACAAAGUGGGACUUCCAUUUGAAGCAAGAACCCAGUAGAUCUGAUGUUGGCUUUUCAAGUAACUUAAUUAAAAAGUCUAACUUUCAUCGACGGUCUUUACGAGAAUUAGAACCUGGAGAGGUACCUUCAGAUUCAGAUGAUGAUAGUGAUACCAAAUCUCAUUCACCCAAACCAUCAGCUUUAUUAGAAAAUUCCAAAUUGUCUCUAUUCUUACGGGAUAGGGAAGAUAGACUGCCAAGCUCAUUGGAAAGACACAAAUUCUACUCUUUUGCCCUUGAUAAGACAAUCACUCCAGACACUAAAGCUUUGCUAGAAAGAGCAAAAUCUCUGUCUUCGUCUCGAGAAGAAAAUUGGUCUUUUCUCGAUUGGGACUCCAGAUUUGCUAGUUUUCGAAAUAAUAAGGACAAGGAGAAAGUUGAAUCUGCCCCAAGACCAAUUCCAUCAUGGUACAUGAAAAAGAAGAAAAUUAGGACAGAUUCUGAAGGAAAAAUAGAUGAUAAAAAAGAUGAUCAAAAAGAAGAAGAGCAAGAAAAACAGGAACUGUUUGCAUCUCGUUUUCUACACAGUUCAAUUUUUGAGCAGGACUCUAAACGUUUGCAGCAUUUAGAAAAAAAAGAUGAUGAUUUGGACUUCUUGUCUGGGAGACUGUAUGGAAGGCAGCUGUCCUCUGAUGGAUUGAACAGUACCACAGAACUUGUUCAAGAACCAGUUGUUCUGUUCCGUAGUCGGUUUAUUGAACUGACAAGAAUGCAGCAAAAGGAAAAGGAGAAGGAUCAAAAACCCAAAGAGCCAGAAAAACAAGAGGUGCCUAGAGAAACCCGUCCUAAAACACCCGAACGUGUUUCUGAGGUGAAAGAACCAGAAAUUAGUGCUGUAAAUAUAACUGGGCCUUCUUUGCCUAGUCUGCUGCAGACAGAACCACAAGAACCACUGCCUGUACAAACAGAAAAGGCCAUUGAGUCACAAACAGCUGAAGUUAAAGAGCAGACACCUGUAGAGUCACCCCGUGCAGCUGAAGAGUCCAAACCAAAGUCAGAAUCAUCUUUGGCUUUCAGUACAGUACCUGUAGAUUCAGUAGAACUUGUUAUAGAAAAAGAACAAAAGAAUGAUAAUGCUUCAGUGCCAGUCGUGGAAGAAGAAUUGGCACCUGUAGAGCAUCCUUCUUAUUUGGACACCAAGCCACCAACACCUGGAGCAUCUUUUUCUCAUGAAGAUAUUAGCAUGGAUACAGAAUCUGCAGAACUUAACAUUGUUUCUUCACCAGUGACUGUUAAAAAUACAGAAGAGGCUGAUGAGCCAAAAGAAGAAAGUACACUGUCUGUAUUGGUGUCUAGUCCUAACACAGAUCAGAAGGCAGAAGAAACUACUGAAAAGCAGGCAGUGAUAUCUGACAAUGACAUGGAAAUUGAACUUCCGGUUACCCCAAAAGAUAGAAAAUUGUCCAGAAGUAAACGAACAAAAGCAACUUUGCAAACCUCUGUUGCAAAUAUUGUAGAAAAGCCUGCUACAAGAAAAAGUGAAAGAAUUGAUCGUGAAAAACGUAAACGUUCUUCUUCUCCUCGUGUUGAAGUGCCAAAAAUAGUGGAAUCAAAGGCAGAGACUGACAAAGUUUCUAGAACUCCUGCUAAGUCACCAACUAGUAUUGUAGAACUUGAAAGCCCUGAGCCAAAUGUGACAUCUAGAACAAGACGAAAAGUGAAAUCAGUUUAUGCUACCAUAAGAGACGAUGAUCCUUUGCCAGCUAAAGGGUCAACAGAGUCUGUAAGGUCUACUAGAAAACGAGCAGAAAAGGAUGCACAGGAAACAUCUAAUGUAACUACACCCCGAAGAGGUAGACCUCCAAAAUCUCAACGCAAGCCUGGGGAGGAUGUGUCCCCUACUAAAAUAAACCAUGUAAAGCAGGAAACAGAAGAAAUUGAUACUAAAGAAAUAAUCGAAAGCCCAAAGCCUGUAGAAGGGUGGAGGUCUCCUAGAUCCCAGAAAUUAUUACAGCGGCAUUCUUCCCCUCCAUCUGCCAGCAACCAAGGAAGAAGAGGUAAAAAUGAGUUGAAAACAACUGAUAUUUCACUUGUUCCUCCUGAAAAUCCUCAUGAAGAAGCAAAUCAAGAAACAGUAGCCACUGAAGAUGCAAGUAAAGUGAAUAAAGAUAAUGCAGAAGCAGAAAAUGAGAAUUGCAACAUCAAAGAGGCAGAUACUAAGAUUUCAGAAUGCGUUUCAGCUGAAGUAACAGAAAAGAAGUCUGCAUCAGAAAAGGUUACUAAAGUAAAAAGUGGUAGAUCUAGAAAUACAAAAACUGCUAAUGAGAAUAAGCCAGUUUGUUUGAAAAGCUUAGAAAUACGGCUUAGUGUUGAUGAAGUGAAAGAAGCCUUACAGCAAGAAGAACCUGAGCCAGCAGAUCCACCUUUAACAGAAGAUAAGUCUCUCAAAAAUGACAACUUAAAUAUGGCUCCCAAAAGUGCUACUGAAGACACUUGCUCAGAAGUUGUAAGCAGUGAGUCUCUUACUGACCCUGCUCACUCUUCAGAGGAUACCCAAUUAGCAAAACAGAUUGAAUUAGAGCAGGCUGUCGAAAACAUUGCAAAGCUUACAGAAGCCUCAACACUAUCUACAUAUAAAGAACAUCGUGAUGAGUCUGAAAUUGGGCAAAAUGAUGAAGGAGACAAACCCGGACAUCAGGCUAGUGAAACUGAGCUUGCAGCAGCUAUUGGGUCUAUUAUAACUGAUGAGAUUUCUGUAGAAGCUGACACCUUUCCACCUCCCCAACCUUACUCUGGUCAAUCUGAUCCAGAUGUAGCAGGCGAUACAGUAAACCUGCCUUCAGUUUCACAGGAGAGCAUGGAACCUGAAACAAAUCAAGCAGUUACUAACAUAUUAGGUACUCAUACUCAUGUUGAUGCUUCUGACCAUUCAGUAACUGCUCCCGCACCACCAGUUGUAGAGGCAGAAAGUAAAAAUUCUGAAGAUGCUUUAAAAGAAACUUCGACAACUGUUCAGGAGGCUGAGCCAGUGAGAGUAUCACUUGAAGUCACUCGUAAAAAAGGCCGCCCAAAAACUCCUAGAUCCAAACGUUGUAGAAGAGGGAGCAGCAACAGAAAGAGUGAAACCACUGUAGAAUGUAGUGUUAAUGAGAAUGAUGCCACUCAAGCAGAAGAUCUGAAACAGACUGAGGCUACUAAUGCAGCUGAAACUAUAUCAGAGGAACCAGCAAAUGAUGAAGGUAGAAAUAAAGGUGAGGAUGCGCUUAAAACAGUAGUUGAGACUAAACCUAAUUCAGAUUUUAAUGUAAUUGCUGAAGUUAGUCCCAGUGAGACCAUCCAUAACAGUGAGCCCUCUUCUGAAGUAUGUACAUCUAGAGACUUUCAGAUUUCUACAGCAGCUGAAAACAAAACUCAGCCACUACUUCAUUUGCACCAUACUAUUGAAAGUAACCCUACAACUCCACCAAGUGCACCAAAGCUUGCUCUUCCUCUUGUGAGCACCUCAGGGGUACCACCAGUAUCAGCAGGAACAGUUCCUCAACAGUCUAAUGUUACAAUUAUCCCUGAGUGGAAGACACGGCAUGAAGAUGCUCGCCCUCACUCCACUCCUCCACCAGCUCAUCCUCCUGAUACAAAGGCCUCUGAUAUUGACUCUAACUCAAGUACUUUAAGACGGAUGCUUUUGGAGUCUAAAUAUGUUUCUGCAAAAAAUGUUCCAACAACGCAUGUUACAGCAGCUGUCAGUGAGCCGGUGAUCUCAUCUUGUCUGGAGGAGACUUCUAAUCCCAUUGUGGAGGAAGUUAAACCUGCACUGGAGGAAAAAGCAGUAAUUCCUGCAAUAGGUGCUACUACUAUACCACCACCAAUAGACGUUUCUGCAUUUACUGAAAAGCAGAAGUUUAGUGGGACUGUUAUUACAACAAAAGCUACUUCUGUGAUUAGUAGAAUGUCUUCUGGGUUUGAUUUAGAUGAAACACCAAGAAUAACCCUAGGAAAACCAUCUUCUCAGCCCAUGACCUCAAGUAUGUCUUCAGUUAAACAUAAACACCGAAUAAAUAUUAAUGAUAACAGAUAUCAUGCCGGGUCCAUGGCUGUUCUAGAAGAUACAAGACCAGUGGAGAUGUCUCCAUUGACUACAGGAUCGAGUCCAGGUCUUAGAGUAAAUACUUCUGAAGGAGUUGUUGUGUUGAGUUAUUCUGGGCAAAAGACUGAAGGCCCUCAGAGAAUCAGUGCAAAAAUCAGCCAGAUCCCCCCAGCAAGUGCAGUGGAUAUAGAGUUUCAACAGUCUGUGUCCAAGUCACAGAUAAAGCAAGAGUCUGUAACAACUCAAGUCACACCUAAAAGCUCUCAAGCAACCACAAAUUAUGUUAGUAUUGCUCCACAUACAUUACCAACUCAUGCAACUUCUCAGACUUAUAGUACACAGCCUGUUAUUUCUUCUGUAAAGCAAGAACAUGCUACUGGGGAUAAAGUAGACCAAACCCACCUUUCAAGUGUGGCCCCUCCUUCUCAAUCUGGAGCUGUUAAGAUACUUUCUCCAGCUUCUCCAGCUGUAAGCAGUCAACCAGUUGUUGUUUAUGGUCAACUUGUGCACCAACAGAAUGUAACAGCUGGCAGCAAAAAGGUGGUAGAUGCUGUUGCUCUAAAAUCAGAACCUGCAAAACAUCAACAACCAUCAACCUUAAGCCCAGGUCUUAGUCCCCAUCAUCCAUCCCUUACUGGCAAACUACAGUCUGAUGUUAAUCAUGUUACGUCUGGGCCUAGCACACCUACAGACAGGACAUUGCCUCACUUGGGAGUAGUAAAGCAAGAGCCCCAUUCUCCUCGAGCUUGUGGACAUUCUCCAUCCCCUUAUCCCAAAGUCUGCCAGCCUAGUAAUGCUUCGUCCCCAGCUCAUUCCAUCAACACUUCUGUCAUGCUUGCUACUGGGAUAACUGUACCUCAGUAUGUUUCUAGUAUGCACCCAGAGCAGUCUGUGAUUAUGCCUCCACAUAGCGUUGCCCAGACAGUGUCUCUUAGUCAUCUUACUCAGGGUGAAGUAAGAAUGAACUCUCCUUACGGUGUUCACUCACCUAGAGGUACACUGCAGCAGCAGAUAGAAAUUAGACCGCAGAGGUCAAACACACCACAACCUACUCCAGUAAGGGAUAUGGUCAUGCCUUCUUUGCAUUCCCAGCACCCUCAAGACGAUGAACUGACUCACUACCAUCCAGUUACUAGACCAUCAGGACCCCUUCACCCUGAUGUCCUAGUAAUGCAACCAGAUUUCCGUAUGCCUUCUGGUCCAAGACUUGAACAGUACAACAUACAUCAAGAAAUGCUUUUGCCUAGAGAAGUUAGGCUUAUGAUGCAUUCUCAUAUGACAGGCGUGACUGAACAUACUGAUACCAGACAAACUAGAACACCAGAUGGAACAGUGAAGCCUGCAUCAGCUAGUAAAACACCUCAGACCGGAAAGGAGACUCCCAAACAAUCGGAAGUAAAAAUGGCUCACUCACCACACAGUGAAUCCAGGCUUGUGAAUGUAAAUUCUGGAAAUCAGCUGUCUGGGCUGUCAUUGGCACAGCCUGUGGUCGUUCCCCAUCCUGUUCCAAUAAUGCAUCCUAAUAAUGCUCCCUUUCAUGACUUUAGAUCAAUGUAUGAUAUGAGAAAUUAUCAUCCAUCUGCUGCUCAGCUCACUCAUCAGUUUCCUGGUACCUCAUCUAUGGGAAUGAAUCUGCAGUCCCGUAGUAUAACACCAUCACAGCCAUUGCCUGAUGGAGAGCAUGCACAUUCUACUCAACCAAUCAGAAGUAAAACACCUCAGAUAACCCAGGAUUGUAAGAGACCACCAUCAACUGGUUCAGAUCACACACAUCACGUACCUGUAAAUCGACAUCCAGGGCAGUUGGACACCCAUGUGCAUGUGCAGAGGGUGCAGGUGGAAACAAGUCAGUCAUAUUCUUCUCCUGCUCCUGUUUCAGUGAAACAAGAGCUGCCUGCUCACCUCCCAUCAUCGACUCAAAAACAGACUCCAUUCAUAACUACACCAGCUACUACAACAGUCAUUGGGGUACCAUCAGGAAUAUCAGUCCCACAUACAGAAUCACAGCCUGUUAAGCAAGAACCACCAGCAUCCCAAAGGCCAGUGGACAUGGUACAGCUUUUAACGAAAUAUCCAAUUGUGUGGCAGGGCCUAUUGGCACUGAAGAAUGACACGGCAGCAGUUCAGCUUCACUUUGUGUCUGGCAACAAUGUUCUGGCACACCGGUCCCUCCCAGCACCUGAAGGAGGGCCUCCAUUGAGAAUUGCACAGCGCAUGAGACUGGAAGCUUCACAGCUAGAAGGAGUGGCACGCAGGAUGAUGGUGGAAUCUGAUUAUUGUCUGUUGCUAGCUUUGCCUUGUGGACGAGAUCAAGAGGAUGUUGUGAAUCAAACAGAGUCACUGAAAGCAGCAUUUAUCAGCUACUUGCAAGCAAAGCAAGCUGCUGGAAUCAUCAAUGUUCCCAACCCAGGAUCAAAUCAGCCAGCGUAUGUUCUCCAGAUCUUCCCACCAUGUGAAUUCUCUGAAAACCAUUUGUCACGCCUAGCUCCAGAUCUUUUGGCCAGCAUCUCCAACAUCUCCCCUCAUCUUAUGAUAGUCAUCGCUUCUGUAUGAGGAUUGCUUUUGAUUUGAAUUUCACAUCUGUUUUGUGGAUUUACAGACUAAAAGUGGAACAUCCCCACCAAGCUACCAGCUUCUGGACCAAAUAGACCUGGACUGUACUGUUGGUCUAGAGCUGCAAUCCUGUAUUGUUUACAUAUUGUUUCGCUGUGGAUUGAGGAGUGUGUGCUCCAACGGCAGAUGCAUUUUAUUCUCUCAGCUGCUCUGGGAACUUAAUAGUCCUGGGAACUUAUCUUGAGAAAGGAUCAGCACUGCUGUUGCACUAUAUUAGUGAUUUGGAUCUUGAAGACUUGCUGUGACAUAGUGGAUGUCUUGAGACCUGCAAGUGGACUAGUGAUUAGAGACAGGACCUGGGAAAUCCUGUUGCGUUCCAGUGAGUCGAGGAUCAUUGCACACAUUUCAAAUUUUCUUGCUGCAGCCAUUUUCCUUCCUGCCUGUAGACCUUCUUCAUCCAUUUUAUGGGAUGUACAGUUUACAAAAAAGGGAAAUUUUGUUUUUCUUUUUUCGGUGGGACAUUCAGAACUGUGUGUGCGCGAGUGUGUGUAUAUAUAGCUGUUUAUAUAUAAUAUAUAUAAAUAUAUAUAUGUGUAAAUAUAUAUAUAUAUAUCUAUAUAGAUAUAUAUAUCUUGAGCAGACUUUAAAAACCUCCCCAAACAUACUUUUUUUUUAAUCUGUGCCAAAAUGUGUUUUCAGAGAAAAAGAAAAUCUUAUUUUCAUAUUCAGACUUUGUAUUGUCAUUAAUUCAUAAGUGCGCUUCAGUUUAACAUUGCCUUUCUUUUUCCCCCAUCAGGAUCUAUACACCAGUCCAAGGUUGCUUUACUUUGGUCUCAUUAAUUUAUGAAACUGCUUUCAGUAAAAAAUUUUUAACAUGGACAAAAACAAAAUGACUGUAAAAUUGGUUUGAGCCAGAACCAAGCCUCUUUAGUCAAGACUGCAAGGGGAGUACACAAGGGGCAGAGGACUUAUGGGGGGAGGCAAAGAGAGGUGUUAUUAAAUCUGAGCCAGCCAGGAUUUCUGUACUUGAGCUACUCUCUCCAACCGUAGCUGAUGUCUCCUUGUGAUUUUAGUGGCACUGUACAUACUACUUUUGGAUUCCUGUGUUUAUUUUCUUCUUUAUUGUCAUUAACUUGUAAAAAGGCAAAAACUGAAAAAAUGACCAACUUGAACCAUGUUUCAGUUUUGUGGUGUAAAUAUUUGUAAAACUCCAAAGUGACAGUUCAUGGUAAUGUUGAAGGCACUUAUAAUUUUGAUACACAGAAUAAAAAAGAAAAAAUACC